UACUUUAAAGUUUAGUUUUCUAUUUCCAUAUUAAUUCAGGAGGAUGGAUACCAAAGAAUAUAGAAUUCAUGGAAAAGAAAUGGUGGACUACAUUGCUGAUUAUUUAGAAAAUAUUCGAGAUCGUGAUGUUUUCCCAUCAGUGAAACCAGGCUAUCUGAGUAAAUUGAUACCAGAUAGUGCCCCAUUGGAUGGUGAACCAUGGCCUAAGAUAUUUGCGGAUAUUGAACGGGUUAUAAUGCCAGGUAUGGUACACUGGCAAAGUCCACGAAUGCAUGCAUACUUUCCUGCUUUGAAUUCGUAUCCAUCAUUGUUGGGUGAUAUGUUAGCGGAUGGGAUUAAUUGUUUGGGUUUUACUUGGGUAUCAAGUCCCGCUUGCACUGAAUUAGAGGCUAUGGUUAUGAAUUGGUUAGGGAAAGGAAUUGGAUUACCGGAUGAUUUUUUACAUAAGCCAAAUUCUUUAAGUGGUGGAAUUAUCAUGACUACAAUGAGCGAAUGUACAUUAACGUGUCUAUUAGCUGCUCGUAAUCGAGCUAUAGAUAAACAUAAGCAAUUGAAUAAAGAUGUAGACGUAUAUAAUAUUUACUCACGACUCGUAGCAUAUUGCAGUGAUCAGGCUCAUUCUUCAAUUGAGAAAGCUGGACUAAUAAGUUUUGUCAAAAUGCGUUUUGUACCCUCAGAGGAAUUAAGUAUGCGUGGUGAGAAAUUACGUGAGACUAUGGAUGAAGAUAUCAAAAACGGAUUAAUCCCUUUUUGGGUAUGCGCUACUUUGGGUACAACUGGCGCAUGUUCUUUUGAUUGUUUGUCAGAAAUUGGACCAGUAUGUAAAGAAUACAAUGUUUGGUUGCAUGUGGAUGCAGCUUAUGCGGGAUCAGCAUUUAUCUGCCCCGAAUAUCGUCAUUGGCUAAAAGGUAUAGAACACGCUGACUCAUUCGGUUUUAAUCCAUCCAAAUGGCUUAUGGUGCAUUUUGAUUGUACGGCUAUGUGGGUGAAAGAUAGUGGCGCAUUACAUGAGACAUUUGUGGUAGACCCUUUCUAUUUGAAACAUGACAAAACAGGAGUUAUUGAUUAUAUGCAUUGGCAAAUACCAUUAAGUCGAAGAUUUCGUGCAUUAAAAUUAUGGUUUGUUAUGCGGAAUUUUGGAAUAAUGGGCUUACAAAAACACAUUCGAGAGAAUGUACGCUUGGCACAGAAAUUUGAAGCAUUGUUAUCAGCUGAUAAACGUUUUGAAAUAACAGCUCCGCGCCAUUUAGGAAUGGUUGUUUUUUGUUUGGUGGGUGAUUCACGUUUAACUGAACGUUUAUUAAAACGCAUGAAUGCUCGUGGACACGUCCAUUGUAUACCUGCUUGCAUUUCUGGUCGUUAUGUAAUUCGAUUUACUGUAACUUCAACAAAUACCACAAACGAAGAUAUAAUCAGAGACUGGAAAGAAAUCCAAUUUAUUGCCACGGAAGUUUUGGAAGAAGCCAAUAAACUUACAUGUCUUGGAAGAAGGCAAAUGGAAAAUGGAGAUAGAGAAAAAGUUAUGCUUAAAGAUAUACGAGCACGAAACGAAAACUUCGGAUCAAGUUUACUAUUGGCGAACUCCCCAAUGUCGCCAAAAGUUGUCAAUGGAAGUUUCGCCGCUAUAUACGAUCACGAGGAUAUUGUUGAAGAAAUGGGUCAGAUCUUUAGAAAAUGUUUAUCAUCAUCAGUUAUACAAGAUAGUCCUGCAAUGCGUCGAAGAAUUCGUGGAAUUUUAAUGACUGGUAAACAAUACUCGUUGGAUUCUCGAAUGGAUUUAGUUUAUGGAAUAAUUUCAAAUGUAACGGCACGUCCGACAUCAGCCCCAUCACCAAGUGGAGUUUUGCCAUUGACAAUUGAAGAUGUUGAUGAAUCUCCGUCACAGUCAAAUGAAGAGACUAAAAGUCAUCAUUCACAAUUAGAUGAUUUCCUAGCUCCACCUCAGCCGCGUCAGUAUCGUUCAAAAUCAGUUGGUAGCUCAAAUAAUCAUUCGAAGAAGAAAGCAGUUGUAAAUACUGAAAAAUCUAAUAACGAAAAGACUGAGGUAGCUGCUGCAAUAUGUUUAAAAUGUGGGCAUAUGGCAACAAAAAAUUCUCAUUAAAAAGAAACACUAAUAUGAAGAAAUUUUAUGGGCAAUACUUAAAUUUGUUAAAUAGUAUAAUUAUGUUAUUUGUUUCUCAAAGUUUAUCAUAAAUUUUUGAAAAAACUUAACUA